GCUUCCGCCGGUGACAGGAAGCGGAAGUUGCCGAGGGGACGUGUCCGAGCGCGGCGGGAGCCGGGAUCUGGGGCAAUAUGGAGCUAGAGGCAAUGAGCAGGUACACCAGCCCAGUUAACCCGGCUGUCUUCCCGCACCUCACUGUGGUGCUGCUUGCCAUUGGCAUGUUCUUCACUGCAUGGUUCUUCGUUUAUGAGGUGACAUCCACCAAGUACACGCGAGACAUCUACAAGGAGCUGCUGAUCUCACUGGUGGCAUCGCUCUUCAUGGGGUUUGGUGUCCUGUUCCUGCUGCUGUGGGUUGGGAUCUAUGUGUGAGGCCCAGGCAGAGUGACGUGUGGACCCCCAGUGGCUGUGGGAAGCUCUGGAGAAGUUCUUUUUGUAUUUGUUUUAUACUUCAGCGUGGGAGCUUGCUUCAGGCAUGGACUGUACUCCUGUCAGCUGAUUCCUGCCAGCACAACAAACCAAACCUGAAUAAAAAUGGCUCUGUGAUGCA